GUCACGUACACCGCGAGUGCUGAUCUACGACUAACCUCUGACACGGUGUAGAUCGUCCGUGAAAAAUGGACAAAAGCAGGUUGGACACGUCGAGAUCAGGGUAUCGCGAGGAUGUUUCUAAUCACUCCAAGAAGAACAAAAAACGAUCCAGCAAGAGAAGUAGUGUGCUUGGUUCGUGGAUGAAUAGCAUGCAAAACAAUCAAAAUAACGACACGGUAUCUGGUAUGGAGUAUCAGCAUGUAUUAUGGCAGUCUAACGUGCAGCAGAACAUUCCAAACAAUGGACAGCGUCUCUUCACAACGACAUCUGAUCCCAGCAUGUGUGGCUAUGCACAGAUGCCCAUGACUUACACCAUGGAACCUGUUUCACUGCCAACCAUGUAUAGGUUGUAUCAACCAGUGCCAUUCUCUGGUGUCAGACCUGUUCAUGGUAGACCAAGGCGACAUUGUAAUCAAAACCACCCAAUGAAUUUGGGUAUGAAUUCUAUGGCAAACGGUUAUACAAGCUUGCAAGAAAAUGGAAUGGAAUCUCCUGUACCUAUUAACUACCAAAAUGGGGACUAUGCAAGCUUGCCACCUACUGCUAACAAAAAUAAUGGAAUGAACGGAGAUGAGUUGAAUUCAGAGCACCGAAGGUAUUCUGAUCCUGGUCUUGGGUCUGCAGAAGCCCCAGUUCAUGCUCCGAGUGAAGACUCUGACAGUGUCGACAGUGGAAGCUCCAUUACAACGAUUGGUCGUGGCAAUAAGCUUGUUUUGUCUCUUAUUGAACAGAUGACAGAACUGAAAAAGAGCAAUAGUCAACUGUUCAAAGAGUUAAACGAAACAAAGUCUGAAUUAGGCAGUAUGAAGGCAAAGUUGGCACAGUGUAAAUACAGCAAUUCUACAGAUUAUCAACCAGGAAUGUUAUCGGAUUUUAUUCGCGAAAUCAGGCAGGCCAAUAAAGCAUGUGAGGAGGGUCUGGUUUCCAAAGUCAUGUCCAUGGUGGAGGAGAAGCUAAACCAAAGGUCACUGGAAAUGGUUAACUUAAACAAUCAGAUAAUGAAGUUAAUGGAGGAGAAAGAGGAGAGCGACAGGCGAAUCGCGAAAUUAGAAGAAGAAGUGGCCACGUUGAAGCUGAACGCAAACAACGAAGGCCGCGAGAUCGCCGCGUUCGAGGAAGAGACGCUGGGGCUGCGACGGGAGCUGCAGGAGGCGCGGGCGUCCAAGUGCCUGGCCGAGAUUCACGUGGCAAAGUGCGUAAACGCAAGAUCAGUCACGCCUGUCGCUACUUUCGAUACUACUACGCCCUACGUAACCAGCACCCCCGUGCGUACCGCUCUUUCCGACACCUGUAGCCUGAUCCCUGCACCACCAUCAUCAUCAUCAUCAUCAUCAUCAACAUCAUCUUCUUCAUCAUCAUCAUCCUCGGUUCCCCAACACUUCACCUCGAUACUGCGUUCCCGAAUCGCGGAGGUGGCUCACCAUUUCGUCACGGGCAAACAGACCGUUUAUCGAAUCGCUGAUUGUAGUAGUCCUACGCCAAUGGAUGCUUCCUGGACCAUGGACGACCGGGACCAGGUUACCAGUAGCGGUAACCGUUCUCCAGUAGUGGUUACCAACACCCAGGACACUCGUGACGCUGCUCUCGAAGAAACAUCUAACAUCGUUAACUUGGAUAUUCCAUCGAGCGAUAAGGCAGAAGAUUGCAAGCAACAAGAAGACGACCAAUCCGACGUACAAUCUAACGACAAAACUCUCGAAAACACGAAGAACAACAACGAAGUGAUUGUUCCGACAGCAGAUGAAAAUCAAAUUGACUCCACUGUAGAGAAUAGUCCAGAGUUGAACAGUGGUACGAUAAGUUCCAGUGUUGUAUCGUCUGAGAAGAGAACAAAAGUAUCGAAGAAAGAGGAUUAUUAUCAUCAGCAUCAGCAUCAAAGGAUGGGUUCGAAGAAGCAGAGGAAGAAGAAGAACGGUAGUUUAUUGGCGAAGAGGUCGUUCAGCGAGGCGGACAAGGCUGCGGCAACGGAGACGUUGAAGAAUGGGACGAGAGACGUCCGGAGAACGGUGAGCGAGGACAAAGAUCGUCUCGACGGCGACGUCGACGAAACGAGCCGAGCCAUCACCGAGAUCCCGGAAGUGACCGUAGUCGGUGGUGGCUCCUUCGUGCCGAAAGAUCUCUGCUCGACGGGAAUCCUGACCUCCAGAGUCCUGACAGCACCUUCACGCGCUACCUACACCACUGCCUACAUUUAG